AUGACUGAGAGUUAUUGUUUUUCUUCACCAUUUAAUCUUCCUACCAGACACAAUCUUACAACGGAGCCGGCUAACAAACUGCCUGAGUCUCACAUCGACGGUAGCAACGUGCCGAUUGAUGUAGAGUAUCAUGAAGAAGAAAGCACCGAGGCAGAGCCAACAGAUGAAGUGGAGGAUAGUGAAUGGGUUCCAGAAGAGGAUGAAGAAGAGGACAGAGAUUUUGAACUAGAGGAGUGCGGAGAAGAAGAGGAUCACACGACCGCACCAGAAGAGGAGGAGGAGGAGGACGACGAUAACUGGGACAAUGACGAGGCAAAAGAGGAUGAGGACUACCAAGCAGAAGAGGAGGAGGAGGAUGGGCAGGAUGGUGACUGGGAUAGUGAUGAGACCGAAGAAGAUGAGAACUAUCAAGCAGAAGAUGAGGCCAAAGAGGAUGAGGAUGACUAUGAUAAAGAAGACGAUGAAGAGGAAGAUGAUGACAAGCCACAUGACAAUGAGGAGAAGGACUCUGUCGUAGUGUCAUCUGAUGGUGAGCGUGGGUCCUCGACCGAUAAAUUCUACAGCGUCGAAAGUGACGAAGACAUUAGCGAAGGUGUCGACAAUGACAGCAGCGACAACAAUGACGAUAGCGAUGACGGCGAAGACAAUGACAGCGACGAUGACGAUGACGAUGACAAUGACAACGGUGAAGACGGCGACAGCGGGCCACCUAGCAAGCGCCGUCGUGUGGAUGGCUAG